AUGAACUUUGAUCUGCCUCUGGAGCUCACGUCGCAUUUAGAGUCACUUGACUCCUUCAUCCAAUCGACUAUCUUGCCGCUCCAACAUUCCGGUGACAAUAAUCGAUUCUUCGACCAUCGCCGAGAACAUGCCCGCACUGACUGGGAUCAUGAUGGGAACCCACGUCAGGAGUGGGAAGAGCUGCUAAAACAGGGCCGCAAUCUCGCCGAUGCAGCCGGAUUCUACCGUUUCGCUCUUCCCAGAAAGUAUGGUGGACAAGAGCAUCCAGACACAAAUGUGUGGAUGGCCGCGAUUCGCUAUCACUUGUCGUCCCAUCCGGUAUAUGGAGGCGGGCUGGGUCUCGCAAAUGACCUGCAGAAUGAGCACAGUGUCGUCGGCAAUUUUCCAGAUCUCCUGAUGCUCCAUCAUUUUGGCAGCGAAGAGCAGCGACGGACUCUGAUUCCCGCACGACUGCGCGGGGAGUUCCGAACAACCUUCGGCCUGACUGAGCCCGAUCAUGGGAGUGAUGCUACAUUCAUGUCUACUAUGGCCCGUCCUGAACGCGGUGGCUUCGAGAUUAGCGGAGCGAAGAAGUGGCAAACGGGCGCGCAUAAUUGCACCCACUUUCUCGUCUUUGCACGGACAUCUGGCCACCCUGGCUCAACGCGUGGUAUCACGGCCUUUUUCGUGCCCCGGGACACCCCAGGGGUGCAAAUCGCCAGCUAUGAGUGGACAUUGAACAUGCCAACAGAUCACGCCACGGUGAAUCUGGAUCGCGUCUGGGUACCAGAAUCCGCCAUCUUGGGCUCUUUAGAUCAAGGACUUGCCAUCGCACAAACAUUUGUCCACGAAAAUCGAAUUCGGCAAGCAGCAAGCUCCUGUGGCGCCGCCCGAUACUGUCUGGAUCGCAGCAUCGAACGAGCACGGACACGAAAGAUCUGGGGUGAGGGCCGAACGCUGGCCGAUAACCAGGCCAUCCAAUUCCCUGUCGUGGAACUGAUGACCCAGGUCGAGAUGCUGCGACUACUAAUUCUGAGAACCAGUUGGGAAAUGGAUCGGAUUGUUGCGGAAUGUCGUUCGACCGACGUGAAAUACCCGCCAUGGGUGGAGAUUGAAAGGCGCCUAAGUGACAAGGUUGCCAUGUGCAAUUUUUGGGCUAAUCGAUUGUGCUGCCAGGCAGCAGACCGUGCCAUUCAGAUCCACGGGGGAGAUGGAUACUCUCGUCAUUAUCCUUUCGAACACAUCUACCGACACUUCCGGCGAUAUCGCAUUACCGAGGGCGCAGAAGAGAUCCAAAUGCGCAAAAUAGCAGCGUAUAUAUUCGGAUUUGCGGGUCCAAAGAAGGAGGUGAAGGCUGCGGAGCGGGCUAAAGCCAAAUUUUAA